AUGUGGUCGGGAAUGGAAAUCCUCUCCCCGGCGGCCGCGUGCCUUCCCACCUCUUCUCUCUUCACCGCCCGCAACCGUGGCGCCGUCCAAUGGACCCACGAGGAGAACAAACAGUUCGAGAACGCGCUGGCGGUGUUCGACGAGAGAACGCCGGACCGGUGGCAGAAGGUGGCCAGCAUGAUCCCGGGGAAGACCGCCGACGACGUGAGGCGCCAUUACCAGGUGCUGGAGAACGACGUCAGCCAUAUUGAAGCAGGGCUCUUCCCGCCGCCGGGAUACGGCUCGCCGCAGUUCACCAUGGAGGGCCUGAAGCAACCCUUCGUACUCGCCGGCGGCAAGCGGACCGGUGGAAGGCCCGUUGACCAGGAGAGGAAGAAGGGGGUCCCCUGGACGGAGGAGGAACACAAGUGAGAUGGAUCACCCAAUUGGCGAUCUUUCCUCGACUAAUUGACCUGGGAUUUGAUUCCGAUGUGGUUGAAAUGCAGGAAGUUCUUGAUGGGCUUGAAGAAGUAUGGGAAGGGGGACUGGAGGAACAUAUCCAGGAACUUCGUGACGACAAGGACGCCGACCCAGGUGGCCAGCCACGCCCAGAAGUACUUCAUCAGGCUCAGCUCCGGCGGCAAGGACAAGAGGAGGUCCAGCAUACACGACAUCACCACCGUCAACAUGUCGGAAACGGCGGCGGCGCCGCUGCCGCCGCAGACCUCGGUGUCGGCGGUGGUCAGUGAGGCAGCCGGGAUCUACAAUCCGCCGGCGGCGCCGCCGAAUCCCUUCGGCGGCGGUCGGCCCUCCUACGACAUCUCCACCUACGGAGUGAAAUUCGAAGCUCAGAGUUCUCUUCCAGAGAUCUCCGGCCCCUGGGAAGAACAAGCCCUCCCCUUCCAGAUGCAAUAA